CACAGCAGCCAAGACCCUGCCUCAGCUUGCAGCCUCGAAAACUCCAGUUCGCGGCAGCACCACGCGACGGGAGCAAUCGAUCACCUGGCGCCCAAACUCGUUGCCGCGGCCGAGCUACCUCCCUACUCUGCGCCUACAACAAAAGCACGGCGCCGAUAGGUCUGCAGGCGUUGCAGAUUGAAGCGCGCCUCGACUCUGUUCUUCCACAUAGUUCCAGGUUCUGAUUCACCAACCCAUCCAGCGCAAGAUGCCCUACUACGCAAAAUCCGAAGACUGGCUGCACCAGUCCGCCCUCCUGCUCCAAGCCCGCCCGUCAACAACGCGCAUCACAACCCGCUACCACCUCAAGCCCGCCCGCCGCCGGCUCAAAACCGACCGCACCACCACCACCACCAGCAGCGACGACAAAGCCGAUGCCUCAUCACAACAACCACAACAAGAACAACAACAACGACAACAGCCCAAAUCACAACAGCAACAAAAACAGCAACGAGAGCAACCCGAAAAGCCCCCGCGCGGCCACCUCGUGCUCAAGACGUUCGACCCGGCCAGCGGCGUCACGCUCAAGUACAAGACCUCCAAGGCCGCCGAGGUGACCCGCCUGGUGCAGAUGCUCGGCGCGCUGGGCCGGCGCAUGGCCGGUCUGCCGUCUCCUCUGCCGUCUACGACCACUACCACCACUACUACUACUGUUGCUGCCGGUGUUGGUGUUGGUGGGAGCGAUGGGGAUGAGGUCAUGCAGGAUGCGCCGGCUGCUGGUGCUGCUGCUGCUGCUGGUGGUGGUGGGGAAGGGGAAGUCGGGGGUGGGAGCGGGGUGGUGACGCCGACGGUUGGUGGUGAUGGUGGUGGUGGUGGUGGAGGUGCUGGCGGUGCUGGUGGGGGAAAGGGGAAGAAGAAGAAGGGGAAGAGGUGAGGGGCUGGCUUGGCCUCGUGGGUAGCUGGUGGUGGUGCCUGAUUGUUCGCGAAGGCAUGGUGGCUGUGGAGGGGUUGGGGGGGAUGAAGAUCACCGGUUGUGUAAUUCUCUCUCCGGAUCUGAGGGGUUGGGAGACGGCCUCAAAUUUCAUCACCAUGCACGGCUGGAGCCGGCACACUCUGGGGAACGUGCUGGCUGGACUUUAGACUAAAAUGCAUCUUGAAAAGGACGAGGGUGCGUUGGAAGGCACAGUGGGCAAUCAUCAAUAGAAGCAUUGAGCGUAAGACGCACAUCCACGCACGAGACAAC